CACCUAGAUAUAUUGUUUUUUCUUGCAACAUCAGAGACAAAAGGUUUUCAGCACUGGAUCUUGCAGGAGCAUACUUCUUUGGAUUUACUCACCCUACUAUUCAUAAUUUGAUACAGAGUUGCCCUGGAGCACGGAAAUGUACAGGUUACCAGUGGAUGAAGUUUGAAGUAUGCAAAGCUGGCGAAGAGCAAGUUCCUUGUGACAUUUCUGAAAGCAGCCCUUCAGUUAACUUUGAAGCCUUUCAAAGACAAAGUUUUGAAGCAAUUAAAAAUAGUAAUGUCUUAACAGGAACUUUGGAUCUUCCAGAAAUACAUGCUUCACAUGAUUAUAUAUCUACUUACCAGGAGAUCUUCUUAUCGCAUUCCCAACUGGCAUCAAGCAUGCAGCAUAUGAAGUCGCCUUCUAAUCAGUACAGCCCAUCCAGGUCUUCUGAAUAAAGCUGAAAAAUACAAAAUAUUAUUUAUUGCAUUGUAUGUUGACAUUUCUUCCCAGUGUUUAUAUAAAAGCUGAAGGAACUG